AUGAGCGCGAUCAACGCCGCCGCCGCUGCCGGCGCCGCGUGCACGGCGCCCCGCGCGAGAUCAGUAUCGCGUCGAACGCGCGCGGCCCUUCCAUCGAACGCCCGCGUCCAGCGCGGUGCGUUCGUGACGCUGCGCGCGAACGCAUCGGAUGCACCCGCGCGGUCCGCUCGCCGCGGCGAGCUCCAGCGCGCGAACGCCGCGUUCCAGGGCGGGUACGCGGACUCCGACGACGACUACGAUCCCCCGGGUAGCACCAGGGACGUCAUCGACCGCGACGCCGCGAUGUCCGACGACGACGACGACGACGUCGACAGGCGACCCGCCGCGCCCGGGUCGCUCCAGCGCAUGAGGCGCGAGGCGACGCCGUGGUACCGACGCAUCGGCUCCAACGCGUGGUGCGCCAUCGCGCUCGCGGUCGCCGUGCUCGUCUGGAACCUGCCCCAGGCGCUCGUUGGCGGCGGGUUCUUCCACGCGCUCGCGUCGUACGUCCCCGCGCUCGCGCCCAUCGCGCACGCGAUCGGCAAGUUUGCGCACCUCGGCGUGGGAUUCAACCCGCGCGUCGCGAUUGCGUGCACCACCGCCACGUUCAAGAUCGUCGCGCUCUGCGUCAUCAUCGGACGCCUGAUGCGGUCCAACACGUUACCCCGGGAGACCCCGGUGGUGCUCAGCAAGCUGGCGUUCAACGUCCUGCUGCCGGCGUACAUGUGCACGAGAGUCGCGGCGACGUUAAACUCCACCCCGCUCACGCUGUCCCUCGCCGCGCUGCCCGUCUCAGCCGUGCUGUUCGUCGUCCUGGGCGGGGCGUGCGGGGCGGCGAUGACGUGGGCGCUGUCCGUGGUCCCGGGGGUGGUGUCGCGGACGUGGUAUCCCGCGUUGCUGGCCGGGAACGUCGGCGAGCAGAUCGCGAGGAGUGCGGGUUUACCGCCCGACGCCGCCGUCUCCUUCAACCCCGCGCCGGGUAUCCCCGCCGCUGUUCUCAAGCCCUAUAAGGGCGGGGAUACCGACGGGCGUACGGUGCGCGGGGCGGUGAGGGAGGACCCGAUGAACCGCGUCGCGGUGGCGGCGAGCGCCUUCGGUAACACGUUCACGCUGCCGCUGGUGUUUUUGGUCGAGGUGCUGGGCGCGAGCUACGGGGACAGGAUUGCGGGGUACAUUGCGCUGUACCUGAUCGGCUGGUCACCCGCGCUGUGGACGUUCGGGUACCUCCUGCUCACCGGCGGCGGGGAGAAGAUGGCGGACGGGGUCGAGGGCGGCGGGCGGGCGACGGGCGGUGGCGCCACGUGGAAGGCCGCAUUCGCCACGUGUCGCAAGAUCGUUCGCGAGCUGAUCAACCCCCCGCUCGUGGGCAUAUGCCUCGGCGUCCUCAUCGGCGUCACCCCGCUGAGGCACGCGCUCAUCGGAGGCACCGCCAGCUCGAUCGCGCCGGCGCAGCUCCCGGCGGAGCUCGCGUUCAUCGCCGCGGUGGCCAAAGCUCUGUUCGAGCUCGGUGUUUUGAUCGGCGGCGCGGCGUUACCGGGCCAGACGCUCGUGCUCGCGUCGUCCUUCGUGAAGGUCCCGAGCCCGGAGGAGGCGGCGGAGGAGGAACGGAGACGGGGUACGCGGCUGGCGUUGUGCGACUCCGCGACGCACCCGCAGACCACGCCGCUAGGGUUGAGGGCGCGGCGGCUGAUGGAGAGCGCGGCGUCGCUCUUCAAGAUGGGCGAGAGCGACCUGCGGGCGCUGUUCAUCGCGAGCGUGACUCGGUUCGCGGUGCUGCCCGCGAUUGGCGUGGUGGGAUUCAUCGCGCUGAGACUGGUGAACUCGCCGUGGUACCCGAGCGAUCCGAUCGUGGCGCUCGUGGUGCUCACGAUGAUCUGCAUGCCGUCCGCGCAGAACCUGGUGCUCCUGACGAACUUGAGGGAGGAGACGAGGCCGCUCGCGCCGAGGCUGGCGGGACUGCUGCUUCGGAUGUACGUGCUGGCCAUCCCGUUUGUCACCGUCUGGCUCACCGUGUUCACCGCCGCGAUGGCGUAGGGGGUGUCCUGUUUAUUUAUCAAUCGGGGGUUUAUCAAUAGACCGUGUACUAUUCGC